UGGAAUGAAGCAUGCAUGUAUUCAUUCAGUGCCAGAGCAGAUGUUAAGGCACGUUCAUUGGGUUACGACGAGAACGGAAACGCCAAGAAGAUAAAAAUUGAGGAUGAUGCGUACAGCAAGGAUGCCAUUAUAACAUCGGCGUGGUCGGUCGACGGGAUGUCCCUACAGCGACCCUCCGCUUUCAGACCUUGGUCCCCCUCUGCUCUGGGGAAAGACAACAAGGGGCUGCCUGAGCACGGCACGGUCCUGGUCAGAGACAGUCGUGGCAUCCCAACGUACCUCAGCAUGGGCCCGCCAGUGCUUCUCAACCCAGAGAGGGUCGUGCCCCACACAGCUGCAUCCAAUUACGACAGUCACUACGCCCCCAACGUCACACUGGCCCCGCCCAGCAAGCCGGAGACGCCCCAGAAGAGCGACGGAACAGAAUCCAAGGACUCCAGCUCCGAAUCCAGAGAUCGAUCAUCAGAAUGUGGAGGCAGCCCGACCCGCAAGAGGUGGUCAGACGAGGACGCGAUGGCCAGGGAAUCCAACAUGGAGGAGGAAAUCGAAAUGGUGCGCGGAAUGCUGGAGAGCGACGCGGUGGAGACGCGGGCCGGGCGGGAGAAACUACUCCACGAGCUGGCCCGCAUCCGUCUGCAGCAAGAAGAGCGGCUGCAGAGCGCCCUCACAGCCAAGAAAGAUCUCCAGCAGGAGCUGGAGUUUGUUCGAGCGACCAAGAAAGAGAAAUUGCGAGAAGCGGCAGAGACCAAGCGCAACCUGCGCAAGGAGAACGAAAGGUUGCGCACGGAGUACGAGCGCCGGCUGCGCGAGCUGAGUGACUCCAAGCAGCACCUGAGGAACGAGCUGGAAUCGCUGCGCAACCGCAAAGGCUCACACGAGGGUACCGCGGGCAAGGAGCGCGCACGCUUGCGGGCGGAGAACGACUACAUGCGCGAGCGGCUCGACGCAGUUGAAUCCGAGCGGGACGAGCUGAAACGUCAGCUCGCUGAGAUGAGCAAGGCGAGGGUGUCGAACGGCGAAUCGGAGGAGACGAGAAAAGCCAAAGAAGAGAAGGCCGACGGGAAGUGGAAAUCUGUCGAGGUUUGCCCGAAAACAAACAGCCCUGCUAGUAGUCCUAAAUCAGCAUCUGAUGCGUAGAGAAGACAGGGAAAGAUGAACGAAUACAAAUAAACACUGAGGACUCCAAAAUAGCAAAAGGCUAAGAAAAAUGAUUCAGGAAUCAGGCUUGUACAGAUUGAGCAAAACACUGUAAAUAUAUGCUGGAAAGUUUGAAAAUCACGGGAACUAACAAAUAAGGGUUCGGACUGCCCAGAAUGCAUGAGUUGUAAGCGUAAUGUGCGUGUACAUAACAUUGAAGCAUCAAUUUUGGAAAGCAGUCUUUAACCAGAAAAAAAACAAAAAGUGCCAACAGUUUUAUAUCAGGGGUGCCGGCCUUUUUUGCGCACGCUUUUUUGAUGCACAUGUAUUUAAAAACAAAAAAUUGAAGAGAAAUCGACACAAGAUGAAAAAAGGGAUUUCUAUAAGCCUGUAGCUGAGAUUUGGAAGCCUUGUGUAUCAAGUAAAAUUUAAAAAAGAAACUAUGAAAUUGUUAACAAAUGUUUGCUUUAAAAACUUCCGAUCAAUGAAUCUACCUCAUUUUUUGCUUAAAAAAGAAGAAGACAAUUUACAAGCUAGUGUGGAUUUGAAAUGCUAUAUAUAUUGUAUACGGUGAUUGAAUUGCAUUUAACUUCCAACAAGAGUGCUGCUGUUUGUGAAAAAAAUUAACUGUCUCAAUAUAUUUUUUUUGGGUGUAGGCAGAAAACAUGCGAUGUGUAUUUUAUCUUCAAAGGUUGGGGAAACUGUGAAUAUGUUUGUUUUUUCCCCCUGCGAAGGUUUAGGUAUUUGACAAGGAAAAGGCUAGGAGGAUAAUUUGUCUUUUGUCUUAUCUUAGGAAAAAAUCCUUUAUGUUGAUGGCGUGGACACGUUUCAAAAUACCCGGAGUAAUGGGUUUGUGUGUGUGUACAGUUAAGCAUUGUUUUGGUUUAUUGGAGACAAACAUUUACAGUGAACGAACGCGUAGACGGUGUUGCCAAGUGUAAAACUUUAAAGAAAAAAGUGGCCAGUAUUAAGUCCCACGAUGCGUUGUCCGAGAGGGAUAGAAAAAAGAAACGUAACAGGUAUUAUUGUUGUCAGUGAACAUGUGUAAAUUGUAGCAAAGUAAGUUGGUUGUUGACUGCAAAGUUUCGAACUUUGGCCCAUCGUUUGGGAGGUUUCUUUUAUUGUUUUGGAAAGUGGGUAGGAUUUCUUUUGGUUUUUCUGUUCGCUAGCAUGUAUAUUCAAAUGUUUUGGUGCCUUAUGUAUCAGAAUAAACGGGACAUUUUAAUGCUGCAGUUUUGGAGAAAUGUAUUUCGCUUAAAAUCUCCUUUUUUUUGGUUUUUUUAAUCAAGCGUUCACCUGUAAAUUUCCUCACACGCUUUAACAAAUUUGACUUUAUUUUGUAUGUACAGAUCGAUUAUACCCUCCUCUGGAACAUAAUGGUAUGUUCCGGGGUUGUAAUCAACGUGCAGAACAGCAGGUCAGGGUAUUUGGUUUUCAGGGUUGGACGUUAUAAUUUGUGAAUAAUAUAUAUAGAGAGUAAAAUUACAAGUAUAUGGAGAAAAGCUAACUCUGAAUUAAAUUAACUGCCCUGUUGUUUUGCACAUAAAUAUUUUAUGUUUACUAUAAUUUGAAGUAAACAGGCUUGUAUUUGUACUUUUUAUGUUUUUUUGUUUUUUGUUUUUUUGCGGUUUCAAUUUUUACUUUUGUGAUCAUCACAGAACUUACAUGUAUACUUAGAUGUUGGCCACCCUUUCAGUACAGGACAUUUUCUUAUUUACCCCCCCCCCCCUCGCAAAAAAAAAAUCAAAUUUGAAUAUUCUUUAUCGACCAACUGAUCAGUAUUAAAAAAAAUCAUCCUAGGUUUCAACCUAUUACAUUUUGUAUAUUUUUUUGUUUUUUUUUGAUCGAAUUCUACUGGCAGAAAGGAUAUUUUGUACUGACAAAGUUUGGAUCAGUGCCAAUUCGCAAAAGCCCAAACGUAAUCAGAGCGAGCCGUUCUUUCCCAAAUAUUUACCCGUUCUGAAAAAAAAUUGCCCUGGAUACGCAUUACAGAAACCCCUAUUUUCGUUAGGAUUACAACAAGCUCGGCUUUAUGAGAGUGAAUCGCCAUGACGACCCUGUAGUAGUCUGGGAAUUUGGACCGUUGCCAGACGUGGAAUUAUGCUGUUUUUCUCCACGAGAAUUACUAAAAAUAAACAUAAGUCCAAUCAUUGGCUUGUCCCGUUUCUUAGAAGGUGGCCAACAUCUUCCCACAUGUCAAAUUUUUUUUUUGAGAAUCUAAGGGAUAAAAAUGAAAUCGAAAUUUAAAACUCAAUUUUAAAUCACGGGUAUAUUAUUUAAAAAAAAAAAAAGGAAAGAUUUUUUUUCAGAUAUUUCAUGUUGUUAUAUUCUAAUCGUAGCUAUCAAGGCAUGUAGUCAGCUAUAAAACCUUGUAGUCAACUGAAUUUCUUUCUGGAAAAAAAAAAUUCCCAAAAAAAAUUAAUGCUUUUUAAUUUUUGCCGCAGCUUUGUCAGAACUCGGCGUUAAGAAACUGAAAUACACCGACAAAGAGCGAGCUAUAUAUAUUUUUUUUUGAAAAUAGUAUAACAGUAAUUUUGCAGGAAAUAUUACAUUGAAAUGAUUUGCCGGCUGCCGUGCCGAUUUUCGAUUUUUUGCUGUGGUGUUUUGCCAAAAGUUGGAAUAAAAAACCUAAUCAUGAUGAAAUGAAUGGAUCAGCUUUUUUGAAAAAGAAUUGAGGGAAUUGGCAAAUAGCGUUGGAUUAAGCACAGCGGAUAACAAGACAGUAAUAUGAAAGGGUUACCAGUGAUACGCAUAGAGUUUGCUUUGUAAAGGCAGGACGCCAGCCAGUAUGUUAUUUAUUGUAUAUACAGUUGUAAAUCCUGACUGAUUUUGAGCGUUUUUUUUUUUUUUACUGGAAAUUUUAUACUGAAGAAUUGUUUUCCACUGAGUUCCUCAUACAUCAUUUUGAAAAUUGGACAAUGGAUAUACAUAUUGCUGUGCUGAAUUAAGCUGGAAUUGUUGCCAAAUAUAACAAAUUCGCACAGAUUUAGCCAAUUUUUCCGCCACAACUUUGCGGCUUUUGUACAAUAUUUCUGGCCCAAAAUCUCAGAGGAAAUGGACAAAUAAAAAAACAAAGAGCAAAAUUUGCAUGUAAGUUGCUUCUGAUAAACAGUCCUGUCAGAAAAGUCCUGAAGCAUGUAAUUUGCAAAAUAAAAUGAUUCAGAUUGUUUGUUGGAAUAAAAAUGACUCGAAACAAGUUUAAAAUAAGAUCCAUUUUAUGUCAUACUAACAUUUUUAAAGAUGCUGCAUGAGUAAAUACACAAUUAAUACACUGAUUUUUUGUUUUGUUUUAUAUUACAUAUAUCUGUUACAUGUGUACCGCUCUAUACAACUUGUAGGCUUGUCAAAAUAAAGACAAAAUCUUAAUUUCAUUUUUGUUUUUCUACUUUUAAGCGCGCAUAAAGUGUUCUGUACAGUGGGGUUAAACUGUAGUAUGUAUGUGUAAAGCCAUAUUUCAUUUAUGUGUACAGUGCAUGUCAAAAAAAAUGCAAGAAACAAGUUAAAAGCUUAUUCUUGCUUUUGAAAUCUGCUGUAUAUAUCAAUGUUUUACUCGUAAAUUUGAUUUCAUUUUGUCUUCAUUGUAAUGCAUGAUUUUAACCUACGUUUGCUUUGACUAUAAUUGAAUCUGUUUGCAAGCUUUUAACGGCAGAUUUAUUGAUGAUUAAUUUCGUAAACUGUGAGUUUCAAGAACUUUGUGCUUUACAAACAUGACAUUUUCUUGUAAAUAAACGCAAGAGUAGGAGUAUGCAGUUGAUGUAGACAUCCUAUGCAUGUUUAAUAGGUGUCUGUGUAUGUACGGCAGCCAUUGUGGUCUUGUACCUGACUGCAGCUGUACAGAACAUAAUGGGAGGAGACACUAUACAAACAGGCACCAGUCUAGAUUUGGUGCUAAGACUUGUCCUUAUAAAUGCAGACAUUUCGGGCUACGACUUACACUGUUGUCAUUGACUGCAAUGCAAGGAUUAGCCACAGCCGCAGAGAGAAGUGCCCAGCAUGGACACAAAAUGCCUAUCAUGCAUAUAAAUACUGACUAAUUGUAGAGAAAGCCCCGCAAAAUUAGAGUUUUCAAAUUUGUAAAACGAGGGGCGAAAUUGAAGUAAGGUAUUCAGAUAAUUUUUUUUCUUUUUCAUUUUCGGGGAGAAUUACAGUGAAAUUUACAUAAAAAGGAGUUAUGCUGAUUUCGUGUACAUUUGUAGAUAUGAACAUUUGUGAUACCAUUAACGGGCUAAUGUCUAGCGUUGAUCAAAGUUGUCUGCACCCCCCUCAAAAAGUGGCUUUAAUUGUUAAUCAGCGUGGUUUUGAACGUUGCACACAAUUUGGAGUUUUGUUGGGCGAAAAUGGCGAUGUUUUCGUUUUGUGCAUUCACGCAAUGAAACACACUUGCACUUUUUCCUAUUUGAAUGGAUUUCAAGAAAAAAAUCAAUGAAGUUUCACCCAUAAGAAAUUUUCGGACAUAUUUGCGCGGCUACAGUUUUGUCUUUGUUUUUGUUUUGUGUGUACAGUAAAUGCACCAACUAUUGAAUUAUUAGAGGAUGUUUUUUGGGUAUAAACAGCUGUUAUUGUAUCUAUUCAUUUUAAAAUUUUCAGCUUUUAUGUAAUUAAAAUUAACUUGUGUAUACUUAAACGUGGCUGUUCAUGCAAAAUAUGUUAUAUUGAAAAAGCAAAUUCAAAAAUUUAAAUUGUAUAUAUUAAUUAUUAUUAUAUUAAAAUUAUAGCAAGCAAAAAGAAUUAUUUCGACACAUUAUGUGCUUGUAAAAUGUAACACGUAUACCAUUUUUGGAGUCUUUAUGAAAGAAGGGGGGGGGGGAAAACUGUAAUCUUACAUAUUGUAAUUACAAUUGUGCCGUAAAUUAUCGCAUGGAUGAACUGAAAUUGUCACACACAAAAAACAUGCAGCAAAGUAUCGUUAUCGAGUUUCAAAAAAUUGAAAAUGCUGAAAUGAAUAAUCUGUAUUAAUGAACGGAAGGAAAGAAAAGAUUUUCAAGAAACUGCAAGGAUGGUUAGGAUUUCAGGCGUGUUUUUGGAUUGUCAGACGUGGCUUUCUGUCUGCCGUGCGGGCCUAGUGCUGUGGUGGGGAACAAAUAAAAGUGUAGUAACUGGAAGUAACGAGAUUGGACAGGACAAAUAAAAUGUAUGCUUAAGCUACCUCAGGGAA